AUGGGACCUCUUAAGCUUAUACUGCUGAUCAUCUUUAUCAGGGAAUCCAGCGAAGAGAUUUCUGAUCUUGGAGUUGUUAUAAGGGUCACACAGAACGGUUUCACAUACGCUGCGAAUACAGUUUUGGAACAUUUGAAGAAACUGAAUCUUUCGGCAUUCAGCAUACCUUCAAUAAACAUUACAACAAGCCAUGUCAAUUAUUCCAUUCAAAACUUAACAUAUACAGAUUAUUCCGAUCUGGACGCAUCUGUUGCCAUUCAAGAAAGUGGAUUGAACGUAUCGAUCAAAACUAUCUCGGUAAAUGCACAUGGGAAAAUAGAAUGUCGCGACAAAGAUACAAGAAAUGUACAGUCCUGUGGGCUAACAAUGACGAUCUCGGGAUCAGGAAAUUUCCUAGCGUACAUAGGGAAUACUACAAAGGGUAGAUUUGAUGUGUGGGUGAAACAGGAAAAGGACAGCUGCAUCAUUCCUCCGCCAAAUCUUACGAUGAAAUACACAGGAUGUCGAAAACCUGAAGAGGCCUUAUGUGCGGCAAAUUCCACGGAACUCGUAGAAAAAAUUAAAAAGGAACGAUUCAGCGAGGCUGAGAUGUGUACAUUAUUACGUUUCUAUUUCUUUACGAGAGGCAACAAAGAAAUGAACAAUAUUAAUUUGACACCAAGGAUAGGCAACACAACAUUUAUCGGAGACCUCCGGUUGCAGGAGGAGCCAAAAUAUGAGUCCAGAUUUGUAAAUUUUUAUCACAAGGGUGAAUUGCUAUGGUAUCCAACCUUGGAGGAAUAUUACAAUCGGAAAACAGUCAAUUAUACUCUGCAUAAUGACUCAUCAAAAAUGGUAUACAUAUGGAUCUCUAAAGAUGUAGUUCAGAAUUUGUUCAAAGGUGUUCAAACUCAUGGGAUGUUAUGCUACACUAUUACCCCAGAGAAGCUUGGUCCAGGAAAUCCGGGAUUGAAUAUUUCAUGUUCCAAGGGUGUUUGUGUAGGACGUCUAGUGCCAGAGCUAGAAGAUAAAUAUCCAAAUCAAUAUAUGGAUUUGGACAUCUACAGUUUGGAAACACCAGACGUGACAUUUGAGAAGAAUUUGGCUGUUUUGAAGUUCUGUGCAGUUAUGUUUAUAUACAUUCGAAAUCCAAUGGAUAAAAUGCCUAAUCGUACAGUGAUUGCCAAAUUGGAUGGUAGUCUUGAUAUACGAAUCAAAAUUUUUAUGAAAGAUUCACUUUUAUGUGGGGAAGUCGUGGCUUUUGAGCCAUAUUUGGAAAAUAUGGAUACAACUAUCCAUGACUUUGAU